AUGCUAGGCAUCACCACUGUUUCAUAUAGAUUUAACAUUAUGGGUGAAUACACAGAUAUCCUUCAGGCCAAAAGGGGAUUACGUCAGGGUGAUCCUUUAUCACCUAUGCUCUUUGUUCUCAUUAUGGAAUAUAUGAACAGAUUGUUGGAAAAGAUGCAAAGAGACCCUAAUUUCAACUACCAUGCCAAGUGUGAAAAAUUCAAAAUCACCAACCUUACUUUUGCAGAUGAUGUGAUGUUAUUCUGCCGAGGCGACGAUAUAUCAUUGCAAAUGAUUAUUCGAACUUUCAUGGAUUUCUCCAAUUCCACGGGGUUAAUAAUGAACCCUAACAAAUGCAGGAUUUACUUUGGAGGUCUGGACACUGUGAAGAGAAGGAGUUUGACAGAGCUGUCGGGUUUUCAAGAAGGAUCGCUUCCUUUCCGUUACCUAGGAAUACCUCUAUCUGGAAGGAAAUUAAACAUUAACCAUUUUAUGCCCUUGGUGGACAGAAUAGUGGCAAGAAUCCAUCAUUGGUCUUCUAAACUGUUAAGCUAUGCCGGUAGAGUUCAAUUUGUGAAAAGUAUAGCCUCUGCAAUGGUUCAAUACUGGCUGCAAUGUCUUCCCAUGCCAAAAACUGUGAUCAAGAAAAUUGACUCCAUCUGUCGCAGUUUCAUCUGGACCGGUAAGGAUACGGUGAGCAGAAAAUGCCCUGUGGCUUGGAAGCACACUUGCUGUCCUGUUGCUCAGGGUGGUUUGAACCUGUUAAAUCUGCAGGUUUGGAAUAAUGUUCUCCUCUUGAAAUGUUUAUGGAACCUGUGCAACAAAACUGAUUCUCUUUGGGUGAAAUGGGUCCAUAUUCAUUACCUAAAAGCAAAACAGAUCAUGAAUUAUGAAACCAAAACUCACAACUCUUGGAUCAUAUGCAGUAUUUUGAAACAAAGAGAUACCAUGGAUUUAAUCCGGAACGAAUGGGAGCAGCUUCUGAACUCCCAAAAGUUUAAGGCGUCGGUUUUUUACAAGGUGCUGAUUAAUGACGGAACAAGGGUACCUUGA